CUGUCCAGAAAGGUUUACGUGCAGAGUUAUUCGUUCCUGUGCAGCGCUGCAGAAAUGCCUGAUCCUGCCAAGUCCGCUCCCGCCCCCAAGAAAGGCUCGAAAAAGGCCGUGACGAAGACGCACAAGAAAGGAGACAAAAGGCGCCGCAAGACCCGGAAGGAGACCUACGCUAUCUACGUGUACAAGGUGUUGAAGCAGGUGCACCCGGACACCGGCAUCUCCUCCAAGGCCAUGGGCAUCAUGAACUCUUUCGUCAACGACAUCUUCGAGCGGAUCGCGGGUGAAGCCUCUCGCCUGGCGCACUACAACAAACGCUCCACCAUCUCUUCGAGGGAGAUCCAGACCGCGGUGCGCCUCCUGCUGCCGGGGGAGUUGGCCAAGCACGCGGUCUCUGAGGGCACCAAGGCCGUCACCAAGUACACCAGCUCCAAGUAACUACCGGAACCACGUCAGCGCCGGGAGGAUUGGCGUGGACUGUUUUUACUGCCAUGGCACGCGGUUUCUUGAUGGUCACCAUGAAUGCAGUGUUUUAAAAAGUCUAAUAAAUGUUAUCU